AUGCUAGAUAUUGAAAAUAUGGUACCAGCUGAAGCCACAUAUGUACCCCAUAAAAAACCCUAUCGGGCUUACUGUCCGAGGUGUCAGACUGUCACAACUACAGUAACCCAUCGAAAAUGCGGACUGCUCAACUUGUUGCUCUUCAUCCUGUGUCUUUUUUUGCCCUGCUUUUUUGUAUUUUGUUUUUGGUGUAAAUGUUUUGAAGACAUCGAACAUGAGUGCCCAGAAUGCAAGACGUCAGUUGGCAGGAGAGAUCGCAUUUGA